AUGUUCGGACGUCGACGUAGACCUAUCCUCGGAGCCGCGGUUGUUGUCGGCGCGUCCAGGGCCGUUGCCAAGCAUGAAGUUCGAAAGCAGGAACUCAUCGCUACAGAGCGCGAGGAAGAGAUACAGCGGGAAGUUGAGCUACGAAGGCGUCAAGAAGAAGAGCAAGAACUACGCACGCAGCGUGCCGUCGACGAGGCCAUGAAAAGGGCCGCCUUGGAAGAAAAAGCUACCCAGGGAGCUGCGGUGACCAUGUCGCCUCCUCUGCCGCAAUACCAAGCUUCCUACCCAUCGAUGCAAGUUCAGACACGCGACAUGGGACUCUACAAUUCGGUGGAGGACGCGGGACCUAUCAUCCAGGCUGCACCAGCAUACCAGCUUGCGCCUCAGACUCGGGAUGGAAAUUCACAGAACGCCCAAACUCCUCGCCAAAGAUCAGGGUUAACUCUUCAAUACUGUACCCAGUGCGGAUUUAGGCUUGAAGUGAUGGAUAGAUUUUGUCGAGAAUGUGGUACAAAGAAGGUUCAGAAUGAUGCCACAGGUUGA